AUGUUUGGCCAAAAGUCACUUUCGUACUUGUUGCUUGCGGCAGCAGCUCAUGCAAAGUAUAUCGUUCCUGGCGGCAGAUGGACAGAUACCGAUGGCAAUCUCGUCAACGCACAUGCUGGCGGUGUUACUGUGGGUAAAGACGGCAAGUUUUAUCUGUUUGGCGAGUACAAGAUCGAGGGACAAACAGAGGGUGGGGGUGUUAGUGUCUACAGUAGCGAUGAUCUGGCUACUUGGACUUCUCAUGGUCUGGCUCUGAAGCCGAUCGAGGGUCAUCCUUACAUUGCCCCUGUUAAAAUCAUCCAGCGGCCAAAAGUGUUGUACAAUGCCGUCGACGAUCGAUACCACGUAUACCAACUCCGUUCCUCCUAUAGCUUUGCACAAACACCUCUAACCGAAUUUCCAGNNAUGCACUGGCACGCCGACAACAGCACUUACGGCUGGCUCCUCCAAGGCCUAGCAACCUCCCNNCCCAAUAUAAGCGGCCCCUACACCUUCCUCAACGCAACCGCCCCCUUUGGAAACUGGUCCCAAGAUUUCGGCACCUUUACCGACUACAAGACCCAAAAAUCCUACGCCAUGUACAGCAACGGCGACAGAAAAGAAGCCCGCGACAUCUAUCUUGCCUCCUACGAUACUUCCAACACUAAACUCGAGAGCAUUAUCCACCGCUUCGACAAGUACGAUUUAGAAGCCCCAUCAAUCAUCCAAACAGAAUCCUCCUACUACGCACUGAUGAGCCACAAAACUGGCUACAGACCCAACAAUGUGGUCGCUUUUCGAGCCGACAAGCUAGAAGGACCUUGGAGCCAGCCAUUCUUUAUUGCUCCCGCUUACACCAGAACCUAUAACUCUCAAUCUGGAUUUGCAUUGAGGAUUAACGGGACUGAAAAAACGACUUGGUUGUAUAUGGGUGAUCAAUGGGAUUCGAACAGUCUGUGGGAGAGUAGGUAUAUUUGGUUGCCGGUGGGAAUUGAUGAUGACAAGAAGAGGUUGGAGGUGGAGUGGUAUGAUGUUUAUGAUUUGGAUGUCAAGACGGGUAACUACCAAGCCAUCAAGGGAAAGACUUACUACGCCAAAGACGGUAUAACCUCAGGCAAUGCUUUCAAACAAGAAGCCGUACGUUCACCCCUUUCCCCCACUAACCCUUCUUCCUCCCUUCCUCCCACUAAUCCUUCUUGCAUCACAGNNAACUUCGCAAGCGACAACACCAUCGUAACCGGUAUAUCCGGCAACACUUCCACCCUCACCUUCCCCAGUAUCAAAGGCGACAACAAGUACCACUGGAUCUCCUUCUACUAUCAAAACACCGAUGACAUGGGCUAUGGCGAUCAACCCGGUGGAUCGCCCGACCGAAUAAAGACACCUUGGGCUUUGCGUCGCAUUUCGUCUGUAGUGGUGAAUGGAAACGUUACUGGUAUGCAAACGCUAUAUCAGAGGGAUACACACAAGGGAAUUGUUCUGUCUACACCGUUGAAAGUGUGGUUGAGCGAGGGGAGCAACAAUAUCACGGUGGGAGGAUUGGACAACGGGAUCGAUGUCAAAGGCGCAGACUUGGACAAAAUUAUAGUGUAUCCAGCCGAAAAG